AAGGACCAUAUCUCUUUCGCGCCUUAAUGGAUGGCACACUUCAAUGUAUAAAGCCAGCCACGAGCCCUACAGAUUCUGACCUUAUCAUCGAUACUUGGCGCUCCACAACCCGACCGCGAACCGCUGUUUUUUCCGGUCGUACGAAGCGGGCAAAGGAUGGAAACAUACAUAUUUGCAUUUCCUACAGCCCGGUCUUUAUGCCAGACGAAUCGAAUGGGGAUAUCGCCUCCGAAAUCCCUUACAAGUCAUGGACCGACAACCUCGUCCUUCAAGUUAGCUCAGAGAAAUUCGUCUUCCAAAACAGCAGGGAUAACUCGAGCGAUAUUCUGGCGCUCUCUGACGAUUGGUCGAUUUUUCGGUUAUUCAAUGGGAUUUCCCGCUUGCACGCCAUCCAGCAGGACGGAGGUAAGGUGGUAUUUCUCCAGACGAACGACUUAG